AUGCACAUUCGCACGUGGGAUCAAACUGGGGCAUUUUGUCCUCGGAUGUCCUCGUAUCAACUGUUCUGCGUGCCUAAAGCCUUCACUUUUAUUCGCCCACUCAUCGUUCUCACCAUACUUUUGCGUGGUUUUAUCUCCAGGGUGAAAUCCCCUCAUCUCACUGCCGUUGACACAGUCGCCGAGACUGUCGGUGCUGAGCCGUACCAACAUAGAAUCGCAAUGGUUGGCUUAUCAGCCGUUCGACCCAAAACAGCCCCCGCCAUUUCCUCCAUGUCACGGCUUCUCUUCAGCCUUAAUCUUGUACGGCCCGCACAUCAACAUUUUAGCUCAAUUUCGCACCACCCUUUUAGUCUCUCCUUGCCCAGAUGGCUUGUCGUCGAGCCCGUAAAAUGA